GCCAGCCAGCCAGCUUGUUCCCUAUCCAAGUCUGUGGCCCCGUUGGAAGAGCGAGCUAGUCGAGUAGCAAAGUAUAGUGUCAGAAAUCAGCCAGCCAGCAGCCGUCAGUAGGUGAAGAAGACUAGUCCGGUCCGUGAGGUGCAGUGAAAUUGUCCUACAAUUGUUUGAAAACUUGCCUCGGGAAUACUCCAGGGGUGGGAAAAACCCCAACCGGAACCUUUAGAACCACACAACCAAACGAUUGUCCAAAAUGGGAAUUAAAUUUUUGGAAGUAAUCAAACCGUUUUGCAGUAUCCUGCCGGAAAUUGCGAAACCCGAACGUAAAAUCCAGUUCCGAGAGAAGGUACUAUGGACGGCAAUUACCUUGUUCAUCUUCCUGGUGUGCUGCCAGAUACCCCUGUUCGGUAUCAUGAGUUCCGACUCGGCCGAUCCCUUCUACUGGAUUCGUGUCAUCUUGGCCUCCAACCGUGGUACCCUCAUGGAGCUGGGUAUCUCCCCGAUCGUCACAUCCGGAUUGAUCAUGCAACUGCUGGCCGGUGCCAAAAUCAUCGAGGUCGGUGAUACUCCUAAGGACCGGGCUCUGUUCAACGGGGCGCAGAAAUUGUUCGGUAUGGUCAUUACCAUUGGCCAGGCCAUUGUCUACGUUAUGACUGGAAUGUACGGUGACCCUUCGGAAAUUGGAGCUGGUGUGUGUCUUCUUAUCAUCAUUCAGCUAUUUGUCGCUGGUUUAAUUGUCCUGCUACUGGAUGAACUGCUCCAAAAAGGUUACGGAUUGGGAUCCGGUAUUUCGCUCUUCAUUGCAACCAACAUCUGUGAAACUAUUGUAUGGAAAGCAUUCUCUCCGGCCACUGUCAAUACUGGACGAGGAACAGAAUUCGAAGGAGCUGUUAUUGCUCUGUUCCAUCUGUUGGCUACCCGUCAGGACAAAGUCAGGGGAUUGCGCGAAGCAUUCUAUCGCCAGAACCUGCCCAAUCUUAUGAAUCUGUUGGCAACGGUCCUCGUUUUUGCGGUGGUAAUAUACUUCCAAGGCUUCCGAGUUGAUCUACCAAUCAAAUCUGCUCGCUAUCGCGGUCAAUACAGCAGCUAUCCGAUCAAACUUUUCUACACAUCCAACAUCCCGAUCAUCCUGCAAUCGGCCCUAGUAUCCAAUCUGUACGUCAUCUCUCAAAUGUUGGCUGUCAAGUUCCACGGAAACUUCCUCAUCAACCUCCUCGGUGUUUGGGCCGAUGUUGGAGGCGGUGGCCCGGCUCGUUCUUACCCCAUCGGAGGUCUCUGCUACUACCUUUCUCCACCAGAAUCUCUUGGUCACAUCGUCGAGGAUCCCAUCCACGCUGUCCUUUAUAUCGUCUUCAUGCUGGGUUCGUGCGCCUUCUUUUCCAAGACCUGGAUCGAUGUGUCCGGAAGCUCGGCCAAGGACGUUGCCAAACAGCUGAAGGAACAGCAGAUGGUUAUGCGUGGCCAUCGGGAAAACUCGAUGAUUCACGAGCUUAACCGGUACAUCCCAACGGCAGCUGCCUUCGGUGGCCUCUGCAUCGGCGCUCUUUCCGUCUUGGCCGAUUUCAUGGGAGCCAUCGGAUCCGGCACCGGUAUUCUGCUGGCCGUCACCAUCAUCUACCAGUACUUCGAAAUCUUCGUUAAGGAGCAGAGCGAGAUGGGCGGCAUGGGCACCUUGCUGUUCUAAUUUAUUUCAUAUGUACGUUUUAUGCUUAAAUUAAGCGCAAUUUUCCACGAGAGACAGAGAGAGAGCGCAUGAGACACAGGACUACAAGGUUGGCAUCACUACGAUUUACGGGCUCCUGGAGGAACUACAUCGACGUAAAGUAAAUCGUAACAGAUUCCGAGAAAGGACAUCAUUCUGAGUAAAAAAAACCAUUAGAAAGGGAUUGAGCUAGGGCGCGUGAACGCAAAACUUGGUAUAUUAGUGAGUGUAAGAAGACUAGGAAAAAAAAACUGAAAUUAUCAUUUAAUUGUAAUUUUAUUUCAUUCCUUAUCGAAAAAUUGUAACGAUAUAUGAAGGAUCGAUUGAAAACAGCAAAGUAAGCUACAAAAAAUUGCGCUCCCCGAAGAGCACUAAACAAGGUCAAUAAAGAUGUGUAGAAUAAUAA